AAGCUUUCCAAUGAAAUUCUAGUUGCUGUUAAGGUAUUCAACAAUUCCAUUGGAAAUGGAGAGGACUUCAUUAAUGAAGUUGGCACCAUCGGUACGAUUCAUCAUAUAAAUGUGGUUCGCCUAGUUGGUUUCUGCGCAGAUGGAUAUAGACGAGCUCUUAUCUAUGAAUUUUUGCCAAAUGAGUCACUAGAGAAGUUCAUCUUUUCAAAAGAUACUAAGAGACAAGGCCUUGGUUGGGAGAAACUUCAAGAAAUAGCUAUUGGCAUAGCCAAAGGAAUAGAAUACCUUCAUCAAGGGUGUGAUCUACGUAUACUUCAUUUUGAUAUUAAACCUCAUAAUAUCUUAUUAGAUAACGACUUCAACCCUAAGAUCUCUGAUUUUGGUCUUGCAAAAUUAUUUUCCAAGGACGAGAGUGCUAUCUCCAUGACUACAGCAAGAGGGACAAUAGGAUAUAUUGCCCCUGAAGUGUUUUCUAGGAACUUUGGUCAUGUUUCUCAUAAAUCAGAUGUUUUUAGCUUUGGAAUAAUGUUGCUUGAAAUGGUUGGUGGGAGAAAGAACAUUGACAACACUGUAGAGAACACUAGCCAAGUGUACUUCUCCCAAUGGAUCUAUAAUCAUCUGAGCCAUGGGAAAGAGUUGGAAAUCAGGAUAGAUGAAGACGGAGAUGCUACCAUUGCUAAGAAGCUAACAAUUGUGGCUCUUUGGGGUAUCCAGUGGUACCCAGUUGAUCGCCUUUCAAUGAAAGCAGUGGUUCAGAUGUUGGAAGGAGACAGAGAGAGCUUGAUCAUGCCACCCAGUCCUUUUGAGUCUACAAUGCCUUCAAAAACUAAUGUAGCUAAUAGUGAAAGACCCCUCUCUUUGAACUUACCAAUCAUCUCAGAAUAAGGGUGUGGACAA